AUGCAGGGAAGGAUGAUUCUGAAUAUCAUAUCGUCAGUGACAUAUCCACGUCACUCCCUCCACAGCCCUCACACAAAAUCUUUGCAAAUCCGCCGACAUUUUCACCGGAGUAGCCAAAUCCCCACCGUCAAUCUAUGCAAUCCACGCCAGACAAUGAAUAGCUUCCAAAUACGAACACGAGACAGAACCAUCUUAUGCUUGGCUCGCCGGAAACCAGAGACAGCGACGGUUGAGGUUGAAGAUGAUCCUCUCCGGGGCACUCUUCGUAAUCUACUGUGGACAGCUGAAGCCGUGUACAUACUAUGGCUCUUUCUUCUUCCAUACGCUCCCGGAGAUCCAGUUUGGGCAAUAAGCUCAGAGACGGUGAAUUCUCUCUUGGGACUUUCAUUGAACUUCUUCUUUAUCUUGCCUCUCACAAACUCAGUUGGUAUUCAUGUCCUAGAAGCUCCCGUUCUUCACCCUAUGGCAGAAGGGUUAUUCAACUUUGUAAUAGCUUGGACACUCAUGUUUGCUCCCUUGCUAUACACAGACCGAAAGAGAGAUCGAUUCAAAAGCUCUCUUGACGUCUUAUGGGGUCUCAUGAUGUUCCUCACAAACACGUUUCUGAUCCCAUACAUGGCUAUCCGGCUCAAUGACCCUGACCCUGAUGAUGAACCGAGCAAAAGGUCUCAACUCGGUGAAGCCAUGACCAAAGGGGCGCCUAUAGUUGGUCUCACUGGUGUUACCGUGUGUCUGAUAUCGACACUGUGGUCUCUCUACGGUCGAGCAGAUGAAGGUUUCGGUGGAAUAUUGGAGAGAUGGCAGUAUCUGAUUGGUUAUUUGGGAUCAGAGAGACUAGCUUACGCUUUUAUAUGGGAUAUAUGUCUGUACACAGUUUUUCAGCCAUGGUUGAUUGGAGAGAACCUGCAAAAUGUGAAGAAGAGUAAAGUUGAGUUAGUGAGUUAUCUUAGGUUUGUUCCUGUUCUUGGAUUGUUUGCGUAUCUUCUGUUUCUCAAUCUUGACAAUGAAGCUUCUAGUUAAUCUGUUAAAUAAUUGUUACAAAAUACAUGACACAUGUUCAUAUGUAUGUAAGAAUAUUUAUUUUGUCAUGGUGCUUUACCAAGUUUA